CGGAACCAUUCUGGUGUGACACCAGAUCAUGACGGCAGUGGACAGAAUCACACCUAGCCGCGAAAAUUGUGUUUAUACCAGCUGUUACUGUGAAGAAAAUGUUUGGAAGCUGUGUGAUUUUUUUAGAACGGAGAAAACGGCUCCACUGGAACAGCUCUUUGUGGUCUUCAUCUCCAAUGACAAACGAGUGAUCCCUCUAUGGAAACAGAAAUCCGGACAUGGUGACCACCCUGUCUUCUGGGACUACCACGUGGUUCUGCUACAGGUGCGUCCUCAGUCAGACUCUCUGGUUUAUGAUCUGGACUCAGAGCUGUCGUUUCCCUGCAGCCUAGGCCUUUAUGGAGCCAUGGCCUUCCGCUCGGACCGCCACAUCAGACCGGAAUACCACAGGAAGCUGCGUGUCUUUCCUGCCAACAGCUUCCUGUUGAACUUUGCGUCUGAUCGAUCUCACAUGAGGAACCCUGAUGGAACCUGGAAGAUGCCUCCACCUCCAUACCCGCCCAUACAGACUGCAGAAAAUCAGAUGAAUCUGGAUGAUUUCAUCAGCAUGGACCCUUCUGUGGGCUGGGGUACCGUCUACAGUCUGGAUCAGUUCCUGCGCACAUACACAGGAAAUGCCUCCACAGCACCAGUUUCUUCAUAUUUAUCCUGAUCUUCCUCAGCAUCUUUAUGUUUGUUUUUUUUUAGAUGUUUUAUGUUGGUUAUGAUGAAUUUUGCUCCUGGUUCUGACCAUCUGCAGAGAUCCUUCAGUCCCUUUUAACGAUGUCAGAGCUUAAAAAUGUGGAUCUCUAAGAUUUUCACCUCAUGUACUGAGCAAUAAAAAGUUUGAUUGUUGUCCUUGAA